UUGACAAUGACGUAGGCGACAACGCAAACAUUGUUUACAGCAUCGUCAGCGGUGACGACAGUGCUAUCAAAUUCAAGAUGAACGGCGCUGCCCUGGUAACGGAAGAUACCCCUUUGAACUACGAGUCUCUCGUGGCUACUGAUUUCAUGUACAUCCUCAUUGUGAAGGCUGAAGAUACUCCAUCAGAAGAAGCAUCGAAGUCAAACGUUGCCGUGGUCGUUGUCAAGGUUCUGCCAGAGAACGAGUUCAGCCCACAGUUCACUUUGCCCGCCGAAACAUCCAUGACAGUAACGGAGACGACGAAGCCACCGUAUCUCCUGACCACGUUCAACGCUGUUGAUGAAGAUGCGGGCGCCGAUGGGGAUGUGUCUUAUGAAAUACUUUCUGUUACAGACCCUAUGGGAGACUCGGCUCUUGAUAAGUUCCUCAUCAAUCCCGUGUCUGGUGAGCUUCGAUUGAACGACUUUCUGGAUGUGGACACAGCCACGGGCGGUACUGACUCUUACAACAUCGUUGUCAAGGCAACAGACGCCGGCACCACACCCAUGAGCACGAACAGAGAUUUCCUCAUUACAGUAGAAAACGAAAACGACAACGCACCACUAUUCCUAAAUUUCCCGGCCUCCAUUGAUGUAGCCGAGACCACGGAUAUUGGUCAUGCUCUUCUGACGUUGACUACGGAGGACAACGACGGGGAUGAUGUUGUGGCAAGCAUCGAGGACGGAGAUAAAACGCUGUUUAUCAUCAGCGGAAAUAACGUCAUUCUGGAACAACCGUUAGAUUUUGAAACUUCACAGUGCCAUACCAUUGUUGUUGGAAUAUCAGAUGGUACCAAUAAAAUCAACCGGACAUUGGUUAUCAAGGUAACUGACGUCAUAGACGAGACGCCAUCAAUCGUAACCUUGACCCCAGUUGACGUCACGGAAGAACUGCCAGUUGGUACAACUGUGGGUGGUUUGUUCCUCUUGACCGACCUUGACCGUGGUGAUUCUCACACCUUUACUUUGACAGGUGAUGACAGUCAUUUCUUCAACAUCGAUGCGGACUCAGGUCAAGUAUCUAUUGCUGAGCGAAUGGACCUUGAAUCUAUGUCAGGCACAAACGUCCUUGACCAGCUGAUCUUGACUGUAACGGACACUGGCGGUUUCCAAGCAACCGCUGAUCUCAGUGUUGUAGUUGUGGACAUAAAUGAUGCAACGCCUGUCUUCGCUGAAUCUGUUUAUAAAGUGAACGUUUCGGAGGGUUCUCCAAAAGUGGUGUUAGUGGAUCUUGUCGCCACUGACGCCGACUCGGGAACAAAUGGCAACAUCAGCAUGCAGAUCACAGCCGGCGAUGACCCGGUGGCCCCCAGGUUCGAACUGAGCGGUACACAGUUAUCUUCCCUUGACAACCUUGACUAUGAGUCUCUAGCGGACACCCAGUACAUGUUCCUCCUGACAGUGGAAGCGACGGACUUGCCGAACAAGGAAUCGCCCAAAACAGGUGUCACUAUGGUGGCCGUGACGGUAUUGCCAGUGAAUGAGUUUGCCCCAGACUGGGCAACGUCCUUGUCUUUGACUGGUUCUGCUCUUCCUGACCUCACCAUGCUGGAGAACGCCACCGUAGGGUCCGACCUCCUCACGCUGGAGGCGACAGAUUCCGACCAGGGAGCCGACGGUGACGUCACCUACAUCGUCACGUCCGCCAUCACAAACACUGGAGAAUCAGCGGAAGGACUGUUCACUGUGAACCCAGUCAGCGGAACGCUCCGCACUGCCGGCUAUCUGGACCGUGACGUCACUACGGGAGAGAUGUACUACGACCUGACCCUCACAGCCAGAGACUGGGGCGACCCCUACAAGGAGACGUCAGCAACGCUCAAGGUCAUCCUCGACAACGUCAACGACAACGCCCCUGAGUUUACCCUGUCGGAAUAUCAGAUUGAAGUUCCCGAAUCAACGGCUGUGGACACAGCAAUAUACACGUUUACUGCCGCUGACGUCGACGGCGAUGUCGUCACGUACUCUAUAAAGGAAGGCGACACAGACAUCUUUGAUGUUCAAGGAAAAUCUUUAGUGACUCGUAUAGCACUGGAUUAUGAAACAGUGAGCUGGUACUCGUUGUUAGUCGAAGCAUCGGAUGGCCUCUAUACGACGACGAACCUUCUCCUUGUAAAAGUGACAGAUAUCAUUGACGAAAAACCAGUCAUAACAGUCAGCAACCCAGUCACCGUGCUUGAGGAGAUGCCUAUCGGGACUGACGUCAGCUGGACGUUUGACGUCACAGACAAGGACGCCACAGACUACCUUCUGUAUUCUCUAAGUGGAAUUGAUAAAGAUUAUUUCAAUAUCAACCCUGACACCGGAGAAUUGACCGUUGCUAUGCGACUAGAUAGAGAGGUCAAGGCCAACAUCGACCUUACUCUUCAAGUAGAGGAUUCAUCUGGCCUUUUUACCGAAGCGGACAUGCUCUUCACUCUCGCCGACGUUAACGACAUGGCGCCGUCGUUUAAUGCUAACACCCACGUUGUGUACACUACGGAGGGACAAGGCGAUGUGGAUCUGAUGACGUUAGUUGUUACUGAUCAAGACGAAGCAGACAACGCCGUCUUUGACGUCACUAUAACUUCCGGUAACGAUGGCGGCGAGUUCCGGUUGGAUGGCCUCGUUCUGAAAUGCGACAGCUCGAUGAUCGACUACGAGACCGCCUCAGUGAACAACUACACCUACAUCUUGUCUGUACAGGCUGUGGAUAAGCCCACUGAUGUCAGCAGUCUGACUGGGUCGACCGUUGUCAUCGUUCAUGUUCAACCCCAGAACGAGUUCGAGCCUGCGUGGGAGUACCCCGUGCUGGACGUGGAUGGGCGUUUCCCACAAAUACAUGUCGACGAGAACAUUGCAACCGGAUAUGUCGUCAUCACCUUCGACGCGAGAGAUCAGGAUGCUGGGAUUGAUGGUGACGUCACAUAUGACAUCAUUUCGGCUACGGAUGAAAACAACAUUGACAGAAGCAACCUUUUCACUCUGGACAACAACCAAGGCAUACUUCGAACAUCCGGGCAACUUGACUUCGACCAAUCAACAGGUGGCUUUGAGUCCGUGUCCCUCGUAGUCCAGGCUACAGAUGGUGGAGCCGUGCAAAAAUCUUCAGAAGGAAUUCAAGUUAUUCUUUUGUACAACGUGAACGACAACGCGCCCUACUUCACAGAUGCGCCGUCCGAGGUGGAGGUCAAGGAAAACCUGGACAUUGAUGCUGUGAUCCUGGACCUUCAAGUUGCCGACCAUGAUGGGGAUACAGUGACCUUGGCGCUGUCUGGCAGUGAUGCGUUCCAGAUUGUCGGAACCAGUAUCACCCUCCAACAUCGAGUAGACUUUGAGUCCAGACAGUGUCACACAGUAACAGUGAGUGCCUUGGACGGAACUCACGUAAGCAACAUCUCAAUCACCAUCCAUGUCUUAAACGUCAUGGACGAAGCACCGGAAGUAACUUUAUUACCUCCCCUGACUCUGAUUGAAGAACAGCCUAUAGGAAUGGGAAUUGGAUGGUUCUUCUCUGUCAGUGACCCGGAUGUAAACGACACUGUCACAUAUACGUUGUCAGGAUCCGGUGCGGAUAAUUUUAACUUGGAAUCGUCCGGAGAACUGAUCAUUGCUAAACGAAUUGACCGUGAUAGCCCUGGGGAUGCGUCCUUCAUCGAUGACCUUCUUCUAACCGUCACCGACUCCGCCGGCCUUCAGACCUCUGUCAGCUGGAACCUCACCGUCGUCGACAUGAACGACAACGCACCUGUGUGUGACGUCACAGGGCAGGUGAACAUCACGGAGAAUUCCGAUGAAGGUAUCGUCAUCGCCGACAUUGCCUGCACCGACCUGGACAGUUGGGAAUAUGGGGUUGUGGUACUAGAUCUGGAGACAGCGACCAACCAGUUCCAGAUCUCUGGAACCCAACUUCUGACAGGGGGAGACCCCAUAGACUACGAGGCCAUUGAUGACUGGAACUUCGUGUACAACGUCCAAAUUGUGGCCGUCGACAACCCCGCUGGUGAACCACGUCUCACCUCGACGUCUAUCGUCACGGUCAAGGUCCUCCCUGUGAACGAGCACACACCGGUGUUUGAGGAUAUUGUUGGCGACGGCCACUUUGUCGAAGUCUCCGUUGCUGAAGAUGCUGAUGUAGGAGCUGUUGUCAACACGUUCGUGGCGACAGACGUUGAUCUUGGCAGUGAUGGUCACGUGACUUAUGGCAUCCAAUCAGUGAUAUCAGAUUCUGGCGUCCAGCAAGACGGUUUGUUUACCAUCGAUGCCUCAUCUGGGCAGCUGAGAGUUUCUAGCCAGCUGGACGCUGAUGCCGCAACAGGCGGCGUCAACUACUACACCGUCAACAUCACUGCUACGGACGCAGGCUCUUCCCCUCGCUCCACCCAUGGUGCAUUGCGCGUGGAGGUAACGGGGAUUAAUGACAACCCGCCCGUGUGGAACAUCACUGAUCAGGAAGUUGACGUUUUUGAAAACGCCAGUGUCGGACAGGACGUCGUCUAUCUGAUGGCUGAUGACGUCGAUGGAGAUGCAGUGACCUUCAGCACUUCUGAUACCAAGUUCAAGGUUGACGGGUCAAUGUUGAAGGUCGAACAACAACUUGACUUUGAGUUUCAACGGUGUCACACACUUACAGUCAGCGCCACAGAUGGAAAGUACACGGUUGACCAAACUCUAGUAGUCCAUGUCUUGGACUCCAACGACGAGACUCCUGUUGUCACGGUUACCAAGGUGAUAUACAUUCCGGAAGAGAUUCCAGUGGGGACGGACGUCGCGAGAGGCUACUUCGUCAGCGACGCGGAUGAGAACGACACCCUCACCUACAGUCUACAAGGUGGCGAUAGUGACUUGUUGGCUAUCAAUGGUACAACUGGUCAGCUGUCCCUCGAGCGACACCUGGACUACGAGACUUUAACAUCAGCGUCACUGGACGUCAAGUUGCACGUCACUGACGUAGCCGGUCAUACCGGGACACAAGCUCUGGAUAUAGUCGUCACUGACGUCAACGAUAACACGCCCACCUUCUCCAGUGCUAUACAUAGGGUGAAGGUAACAGAGCAAGCGGCAGCAGAGACCGAUCUGCUGACGCUCGAGGCUACGGACGCUGAUGAUGGCAUAAAUGGCGAGUUUAGCUUCAACAUCACCGACGGCAACACGCACAACUUGUUCCGACUUGACGGAAACGUCCUCUACGCACAACCCAUGGACUACGAGGAAGCAGAGGCAGUCGACUUCACGUAUUCCGUCACUGUCACCGUCGUCGACCACGCAACAGAUGCCAGAACGGGCGUCUCCGUAGUCGUAGUUGAGAUAAUCCCGGAGAAUGAAUAUGACCCUGUACUGGAGAGUGUUACCGAAAAGAGCCUCCCGGAAGACACUGAGCCUGGUUUUGAAGUCCUCACCGUUCACGCCACUGACGCGGACCUCGGAGAAGACGGCGUUGUGACGUAUGACAUUACGUCAGUUCUCUCGGAUUCCAACACUGAUGCUCCUGAGAAAUUUACUAUUGAUUGUGACACUGGCGUUCUGACAACGGCAACGGAGUUGGACUUUGAUCCAUCCACUGGAGGUGCGAGUUACUAUGACAUCACCAUCAACGCCACAGACAAGGGAACUGUCCCUAGAACAUCAACAGCAGUACUGCGAGUGAACAUCAACGACAUCAACGACAUAGCACCGGCGUUUAAAGAUGUCUCCUACACUGCCAACGUGGGCUGCAACGACGAUGUGGGUAGUGAGCUCAUGACGCUGAAGGCAGAUGACGAAGACGGACCAAGUGUGGGCUAUACCAUCGAUGCCAAUCCUUACCUAAAUGUCGAUUCAGUAUCAGGGGCGGUAACUCUGUCGGACUUCCCCACGGGUGGCGCUGUUUCGGAUCUGGCUCAGUCAGUGGUUGUGACAGCGUCCGAUGUCGACCUUGAGGGGAAAUGUCACUUGUUGGUGCUGUUUGAGAAUUGCGAUAACACAACGUCUGUUUCAACGACAACGUCUGCGACAACGUCUGCGACAACUACAACAACAAACACCCCGUGCCCAAAUGUGACGUGCAACUGCAACAGCAAUUCGACGGUUAACGAUCAAACUACUUCUGUCACAACCACCACGACAACCACCACAACAACCACGCCGACGGCAGCAGCCUGUGUAUGCAACAACGCCACAUCACCUGUUUCAACAACAACGACGAAACCUGUAACCUGUCCAAGCGACGUCACGGCAUCCCCCUGUGUGUGCAGCAACACUACAACCGCUGCUGCAGCUGCUGCCGACACAGAUGCAGGCUAUGCAGCGGAAGUGUGGGCCAUGCGAGCUCUCGUCGUUGUCAUGUCCAUGAUGAUAAUGGCGAUGGUUGCGGUGUACCUGAAAAAUGCUCUAACAAAAGUCCCACAAUCAACGCCGAUAAAUAAAGUUCAACCCAGAACGAACAGCGUUGAGAGGGGCAUCGGCAGCGAUGACUACGGUCUGAAGAUUGAAGACUUUGGAAAGGGGUAACACAGUGAUGAAAUGAGAAGGUUUUCCUGACGGUACAACACACGUCAAAUCUCCAGGAUUAACUUCAUUCAUCGCGCACACAAAACCUUCACGAUUUCUACUAUUUUUAAUGCAAACACCUUUAUGAAAAUGUCUUCACGAUGACGUCAUGAUGCUGACCGUCUUCUUCAUAACCUGUUCCUACAUUUAGGGGUGAUUCAUUGUGUGAUGUGGUAUAGACCGAAUGUUAUAAUUUCACUACUACUUGCUUUUUCUUGUCAAACAACAUUAUCUCGUCGAGUUACAUGGAAAAAUGAGUGACACAACAACUCCGGGCCACGAGAUAAGAAAAGGGUGUUGUUUGAAGAAGAAUAGACAGUUUUUCUAUUCAUUAUAUAUUUUCCUAUUGAUGUGACAUGUCUUCGUCUGGAACAUAGUACCAUUGAAACAUUCGUGACCAACUCGUGUUAUUCCGGGACAAGCCGAAUAGCGACUCGUGCCCCUCUCGUGGCCAUUUUUGCAACCGGGAUCCGUCUUUGCGCAAACGGGCAUACCCAAAACAA